AUGUACUCUCCACGGAGUUCGAGGAAUUUUGGACUGCAUCGUAGUAAGAGAAAAAUCGCGGCAAAUUUCCAGAUGAAUCAAUAUCGAGGCCAUACGAUUGCAAAUAGUAGCGAUAGCAUCCGCGAACCACCUGAAAUUGCAACUGGUUAG